AGAGCCAGUGACGCUCGGAAUUACAAGCUAACGUUAACCUUAAUGUUCACGAUUCUGUAUAUUUCAUAUACGUUAACGUUAACGAACAGGGGCGAGCCGUGGUUUUAAUUUAGGAAAAUCUUAAUUGUUAAGCUUUUAAUAUAGGGUUUUAAAGGUGUGACAUUUUAGGAGACUCUUAAACAGUGUUAAACACCUGUCCGGGUCAUUAUUCGAAGACGAUAUGACUUUUAUACUCAGCAGUCAUUUCUUGCUGGACUGAAAGGAGGAGACUAACGUUAGCGUGUUACCCUUCUUAUAUACUGUCUAUGGUGUUACCCAUGGCUACCCCAAGCUUCCAUGGGGGGUAUUUGCAUUCCUAACCAGCCGGUGGUAAUACACGUAUGGUUAUAUUACUAUUCUCUUUAAUUCUGGCAGCUGUUACAGCCCAAUAAUUCAAACGGGUGCCUGGGAAAUUGAUAGAGAUAGUAGCUAGGGUCCGGGAGGAAAGAUCAGCUCCAGGAGUCGUGACGUCGCCCCGGAGGAGCAGGUUCAUUGCUCCGUCAGUUUUUGGCUUCCUUUUGUUGACCGAACGCCCACCUUUUUCCAGUCAGGUUUCAUAGUCGAGGUUUAAUGGUUUAUUCUCCCCCCCUGUUGAUGUCUUUUCCCACUUGGUUCGGAAGCUCUGACAUGAGGAGGAUUGCUGGCUGUAACCCUGCCCAGACCGGAGGCUGCUGGUAGGGAUGGUGCCGCUUUGAAGAGGCUGUUUCGGAAGACAUGCCUGCGGUCGGGGGCAAAGGGAGGAAGUGCCCGGACAACAUGACUCUUUUCAGCCAAGAAAAUGUUGAGGAAUUUUACGAAAUUGGAGACGAGCUGGGAAGUGGGCAGUUUGCUGUGGUCCGAAGAUGUCGGCACAGGGGUACGGGUGUGGACUACGCCGCGAAAUCCAUCAAGAAGCGGCGCAGCAAGUCAAGCCGACGAGGGGUGACGAGGGAUGACAUCGAGCGCGAGGUGAACAUCCUGAAGGAGAUCCAGCACCCCAACAUAAUCACGCUGCAGGAGGUCUUUGAAAACAAGGCAGAGGUCAUCCUGAUCCUGGAGCUGGUGGCCGGCGGUGAGCUCUUUGACUUUCUGGCAGAGAAGGAGUCGCUGAGCGAGGAGGAAGCCACUCAGUUCCUCAAGCAGAUCCUGGAUGGAGUCUGCUACCUGCACGCCAAACAGAUCGCUCACUUUGACCUUAAGCCGGAGAACAUCAUGCUGCUGAACCGCUCAGUGCCUCACCCUCGCAUCAAGCUCAUUGACUUCGGCCUGGCCCACAAGAUAGAUUUUGGCAAUGAUUUUAAAAACAUUUUUGGAACUCCAGAAUUUGUAGCUCCAGAAGUAGUCAACUAUGAACCUUUGGGCCUGGAGGCAGACAUGUGGAGUGUUGGUGUCAUAACGUACAUCCUUCUGAGUGGUGCGUCUCCCUUCCUGGGUGACAACAAGCAGGAGACUCUGGCCAACGUGUCGGCCGUCGACUACACAUUCGACGAGGAGUUCUUCAGCAACACCAGCAUCCUGGCCAAAGACUUCAUUGCAAGGCUCCUUGUCAAAGACCCCAAAAAGAGAAUGACGAUUCAGGACAGCCUCCAGCACCCCUGGAUCAAGCCAAAAGACACUCAGCAAGCACUGAGCAGAAAGGAAUCGGCUGUCAACAUGGAGAAGUUCAAGAAGUUUGCAGCUCGAAGGAAAUGGAAACAAUCCGUCCGACUUAUCUCCUUAUGCAACCGCCUGUCCCGCUCCUUCCUGUCCAGAAGCAACAUAAGCGUGGCACGCAGUGAUGACACGUUGGACGAGGAGGACUCCUUUGUGAUGAAGGCCAUCAUCCACGCCAUAAACGAUGACAACGUGCCCGGUCUGCAGCAUCUGCUCGGCUCCUUAAACAAUUACGACGUCAACCAGCCCAACAAGCAUGGGACUCCUCCCCUCCUGAUUGCAGCCGGCUGUGGCAACAUUCAGAUCAUUGAGGUGCUGAUGAGAAAAGGCGCCGAGAUCCAGGCCCAUGACAAGAGCGGAGCCAAUGCUAUCUACUACGCAGCGAGACAUGGCCACGUCGAGACCCUGAAAUUCCUCCAUGACAAGAAAUGUCCUCUGGAUGUCCAAGAUAAGUCGGGGGAGACUGCUCUUCAUGUGGCGGCCCGCUACGGCAACGUGGAUGUGGUGAGCUAUCUGUGCAGCAUUCGGGCCAACCCAGACCUGGCUGACAGGGAGCAGGAGACCCCGCUGCAUUGUGCUGCGUGGCACGGAUACUCGCCAGUAGCUCGAGCCCUCUGCCAUGCAGGCUGCCACGUGGACGCAAAGAACCGUGAGGGGGAGAGUCCGCUGCUGACAGCAUCUGCUCGGGGCUUUGUGGAUAUUGUGGAGUGCCUGGUGGAGCACAAGGCCGAUCUAGAAGCGACUGACAAGGACGGCCACACAGCCCUCCACCUGGCCGUACGGAGGUGUCAGGUUGAAGUGGUCCGCUGCCUCCUCAGACACCACUGCCACCUGGACCAGCAGGAUCGCCAUGGAAACACGCCGCUGCACAUCGCCUGUAAGGAUGGAAACCUGCCGGUCGUCAUGGCGAUCUGCAGUGCCAAGGCCAGCCUCGACACGCCCAACAAGUAUGGCAGAACUCCCCUCCACAUGGCUGCGAACAACGGGAGCCUUGAGGUUGUCCGCCAUCUCUGCCUUGCUGGAGCCAACAUUGACGCCGUCACCAAUGAUGGAAAGACAGCAGAAGAUUUGGCUCAUACUGAUCAACAUGAACUCAUUGUUUCUCUGUUGGGAAAGCUUAAAAAGGACAACCACAAACUGAGCUACAUCCAGCAGCUGCGGCCCACUCAGACCGUCCAGCCCAGGAUAAAGCUGAAGCUGUUCGGAAACUCCGCAGCAGGGAAGAGCACCCUGCUGGAGUCUUUGAAAUGUGGCAUCCUGCGCAGCUUCUUCAGGAGGAAGAGGACACGCAUGACCAAUACAACCCGCCACCCCAACUCCCCCAUCAACUCGAAACCCGCUGUGUCGGCGAGUAUUACCAACUUGUACCCUGGCUGUGAGAAUGUGAGCGUGCGGAGUCGCAGCAUGAUGUUCGAGCCCAGCCUGACCAAAGGUGUCCUGGAGGUCUUCUCCCCCGUCCACAACGCUCUGUCCUCAGCUGACGAACAGGCCACAAAGGCCAUCGACAUCCAGCACAGCAACAUCCAUGGUGUGGGAGAGUUCAGCGUGUGGGAGUUUUCGGGGAACCCGGUCUAUUACUGCUCCUACGACUACUUUGCGGCCAACGACGCGACAGCGAUCCACCUGGUCCUGUUCAGCCUGGAGGAGUCGUACGAGACCCAGCUGGGACACAUCACCUACUGGCUGAACCUGCUGAAGGCCCUCAACCUGCCACAGGACAACAUCGCUUUCGGAGGUCGGAUCCAGCAGCCUCUCACCGUGGUCCUGGUGGCGACGCACGCCGACCUCGCUGACGUCCCGAGAGCUUUCUCUGGAGAGUUCACCUACGACAAGGAGAAAGUGCUGCUUAAGGAAGUCAGGAACAGGUUUGGGGUAGACCUCCAGAUCAGUGACAAAUUGUUUGUGAUGGAUGCCGGAGCCUCAAACUCCAAAGACGUGAAGCUGCUGAGGAGUCACCUGCAGGCUCGUGCCAACGUCAUCUCGAGGUGUAGUCCCAUGACGCUGCUGUCGGAGCGCUUGCUGGCCACCUUGCCGACCUGGAGGAAACUGAGCGGACCCAACCAGCUGACGUCAUGGCAGCAGUUUGUCAGCGACGUCCAGGAGCACAUCAACCCUCUGGUCAGCCAGGAUUACCUCCGCACGCUGGCCCUGCAGCUCCACAGCAUGGGGGAGAUCAACAUCAUGCAGAGUGAGACGGUGCAGGAUGUUGUUCUGCUGGAGCCUCGUUGGCUCUGCAGCAACGUCCUCGGCAAGCUGCUCUCCGUGGAGACGCCCAAGGCCAUCCACCACUACAGGGGGCGCUACAGGCUGGAGGAGGUGCAGGCUCUGGCUCCUGAGAGUGACGUGGACGAGCUGCUGCAGAUCCUGGAUGCCAUGGACGUCUGCGCCCGUGACGCCACCAACCCCUCCAUGGUGGAUGUUCCUGCCCUCAUCAAGACAAACGGCCUCCACCGCUCCUGGACCGAAGAAGAGGAGGAGGAGUCACUGCUCUACGGCGGGGUGCGCUUCGUCCCCGCGGAGCACCUGACCCCCUUUCCCUGUGGCCUGUUUCACAAACUGCAGGUGAACCUGUGUCGCUGGAGCCACCAGCAGAAGCCGGAGGAGGACGGCGGGGAGGAUUUCGAUGGAGAUAUCCACCUGUGGACCAACGGAGCCAAGGUGAGCCAAGGCGGAGUGGAGGCCAUGAUCCUGCUGGUCAACCACGGCCAGGGGGUGGAGAUUCAGGUGCGCGGGCACGACUCAGAGCGGGCCAAGUGCUACACCCUGUUGGACACCAUCUGCAGUAUAACCGAGAACCUGCUGGCCUCCACACUCCCCGGACUGCUCACCGCCAAAUACUACCUGAGUCCUCAGCAGCUGCGGGAGCACCACGCCCCCAUCAUGAUCUACCAACCCAAAGAUUUCUUCCGGGCCCAAGUCCAGCGGGAGACCUCUCUCACUAACACCAUGGGCGGCUACCGAGAGAGCUUCAGCAGCAUUCUGUUUUUCGGCUGUGCUGAAGUUUACCAGCAGGGGACCCUGGGAAGGGACAUCCACAUAUCCGACGUCCCCCUGUUGGCUCGCAGGAAGCUCUGCCGCAUGCUGGACCCUCCUGACGCUCUGGGGAAAGACUGGUGCCUGCUGGCUAUGAACCUCGGCCUCACAGACUUGGUGGCCAAACACAGCAACGGGACUCCAAAUGGCACCCCUGACCCGGACACGGACCCGGACUCCCAGGAGGCCGUGCUGCAGCCCAGCCCAACCGCGGCGCUGCUGCAGGAGUGGAGCGGGCGAGCGGACAGCACGGUGGGCGUGCUGAUGGCCAAACUGAGGGAGCUCGGCCGCCGAGACGCCGCCGACUUCCUGCUCAAAGCUUCUCCUGUUUUCAGGGUCAACAUGGAAGCGCUGGUAGGGGCCGCCAACGGCUACCCCCCCACCUGCAACGGUGGCACAUCGUACAACUCCAUCAGCUCCGUCGUGUCCCGCUGAACUGAACGGGGUCGUGUUUUUUGUCCUUCGCCAAACGUCAGAUAGUCUGACGUGACAUUUCCCCGGAAACGGGACUCGUGUGUGAAUGAACAUGAAGUGCAAUCGUUCAGCUGCUCGCUCCUUAAUCCCUCCAUUAAGUUGGCGUAUGAACCAGAUGUUGUGUUUGUGCUCUCCACACCUGUACAGCUGACCUUUCCUUCCACUAUGAAUGUUGUGAAAGAGCCGAUGUUCCUGAGCUCCAAAGAGGAAUCCUGUGCUUUUAGUCUGUUCUGAAUCUUGUCGCGCUGCUUUUUAAUAUCCCUCCAACUCUACUACACACUUAAGUCUCACUCAUCUUACAGAAAAGCUACAUUUUUAAAAGCUAUCAACUGUACAUAAAGCAAUGAUUAAAAAAGAUGGCAGUCUCA